AUGGUGGCGCAGAGAUCACUCCGCGGCAACGCGGAAAGUGAGAAGGAAAACAAAGCAAGCGUCGGCGGUGGCGAUGCGGCGUCGGUCGGUGGUGGCUCACCGCCCUCGGAUGAGGUUUCAGCCGGCUCCAGACCAACGCGCAGUAAACCGUCCGAUAUGGCCGGUGCCGAGGCGGCUCGAAGUGUUGCCGCUUCACCGGACGCACCGGACGGAAGCAGUGAUGGAAUGAAGGAAGAAGAGGACGACAAGUUGUUGGUGAUCGGAGAUGAUUAUAUGGUGCAGCGACAGGAUGGAUCCUGGCACCAGGCGCAACUCAUCCAAUCGCGCCAAAAUCCGUGCGAUCCGAAGCAACAGGAGUAUUACAUUCACUACGAGGGCCUGAAUCGCCGGUUGGACCAGUGGGUGACACGGGACCGUAUUUCGAGUGAUCCGAUGCCCGGUUCCAGUCCCACCGGAGACCGUGUGGUGGGGACUGGUGUGGCCGUAGGCACCGUACCACCCGUGGCGGUCGAUGGAGGAGGGACGGCACGCAAAAGCCCUCUAGGAACAUCCAGCACUCCGAACGCGAAAGAUACGACGGUGGGAGUUACGGUCGCGGCGGCCAGAUUGGGGUUGAAACCGAGUUCGAAGGAAGCGGCCAAUUUGCUGCAACCGGCAGAUGUUGCACUGUCCGCGGACGGUGAUACGGAUAGGAAGAUUACGCGCAACCAGAAACGGAGACACGACGAGAUCAAUCAUGUGCAAAAGACGUACGCCGACAUGGAUCCGACGACCGCGGCGCUCGAGAAGGAACACGAAGCCAUCACGAAGGUGAAGUACAUCGACAAGCUGCGCAUCGGACGGUACGAGAUCGACACGUGGUACUUUUCGCCGUACCCGGAGGAGUACGGCAAGGUGGGCACGAUGUACGUGUGCGAGUACUGCCUGCGCUACAUGCGGCUGGCCAAGACGUUGCGCGAGCACCGGGCCACCUGCACGCACCGGCAACCGCCGGGCAACGAGAUCUACCGGAAGGGCACGAUUUCGAUCUUCGAGAUCGAUGGCAAAGACCAUCGGUUCUACUGCCAGACGCUCUGCCUGAUGGCGAAGCUGUUUCUCGACCACAAGACGCUCUACUACGACGUCGAUCCGUUCUACUUCUACGUGCUGUGCGAGAUCGACCGUGACGGGCAGCACAUUGUGGGGUACUUUUCGAAGGAGAAAGAAUCGCCCGAGGGCAACAAUGUGGCGUGCAUCCUGAUCUUGCCACCGUACCAGCGGAAGGGCUACGGCAAGCUGUUGAUUGCGUUCAGCUACGAGCUGUCACGGCGCGAAGGCAUCAUCGGGAGCCCGGAGAAGCCACUGUCGGAUCUCGGGAAGCUUAGCUACCGGAGCUACUGGGCGUACACGUUGCUGAAGCUGAUGAAGGACUACCGGACGACGACGAUCAAGGAGCUGAGCGAACUGUCCAGCAUCACGCAGGAGGACAUUAUCUACACGCUGCAGUCGAUGAACAUGGUCAAGUACUGGAAGGGUCAGCACGUGAUCUGCGUCACGACGAAGGUCAUCCAGGAGCAUCUGCAGAUGCCACAGUUUAAGAAACCGAAACUGAUGGUUGAGCCGGCCUACCUUAAGUGGACACCCCAGAAGCGCAACAUUCCCGUGAAGCAGGUGAAGAAGAACUAGGGGACGAAGCCGCUCUAGCGCUGCGCCAUCUCGACACCACACUAUCCCCUCGUCGGUCGUCGAUUCGAUUUGUGUCGUGCUUCAACAUUACUUGUAUUUUACGUUUAAACCACUGAACUGUCGCUUUAAAUAUAAAUGUAACUUAAAAAAUA